AGAUGAUUUACUGAAUGCACUGAAUGAGGGUAUCAGCCGUGCUGAUGUGAUCAUUACAUCAGGAGGUGUAUCUAUGGGGGAAAAGGACUAUCUUAAACAGGUGCUGGAUAUUGAUCUUCACGCACAGAUUCACUUUGGCAGAGUUUUUAUGAAACCAGGCCUGCCAACAACUUUUGCAACUCUGGAUAUAGAUGGCGUAAGAAAAAUCAUCUUUGCGCUCCCAGGCAACCCUGUGUCAGCUGUUGUCACCUGCAAUCUCUUUGUUGUUCCUGCACUGAGGAAAAUGCAGGGUAUCCUGGAUCCUCGGCCCACAAUCAUCAAAGCCAGGUUAUCAUGUGAUGUAAAAUUGGACCCCCGCCCAGAAUACCAUCGGUGCAUACUGACUUGGCAUCACCAAGAACCACUACCUUGGGCACAGAGUACAGGGAAUCAGAUGAGCAGUCGUCUGAUGAGUAUGCGCAGUGCCAAUGGACUGUUGAUGCUACCUCCAAAGACAGAGCAGUAUGUGGAGCUUCACAAGGGGGAGGUGGUGGAUGUCAUGGUCAUUGGAAGGCUAUGAUGUCACCAGCAAGAGCGAAGCUUUGAUGCAUGUCCACAUAUCAUUGACUGUAUCCUGUAAUAUGCAACGGCACAGCUAGUUUUUCUGAUUUGGAUAAAAGUUGAUCAGUAUAGUCAACAUCUUGAAUUAUAUUUCAAAUGGAAUUUAAAUAAAUACCUUUUAAAAAAACCUUUAAAACAAAUCUUAACAAAGAAAUUUAUUCUGAUUAUAUCAAAGCAACUUUUUCCUUUCCUUGCAAUUGCUUUGUGUGUUCAAUGCUAGUUCUAAUAGCGGUAGCUUUUAGUAGACAGCAGUAGGUGCCUGCAGAACUUGUGUUUUUUCUCAUCUUUAAGAUACAACUACUUAUGCUCUUCAAACAAGGCUGUCUGCUUAUUUAUACUAGCGUAGACAACACUUGGAUUUCCCUUAUUAGUAUGCUUCAUAACCGCUUCACAGAGAGCUUCUGCUUGUUCUUUAUCUUGUAUCUCGUGUUGAUGUGCACAGUGCCAAAAGCAGAGUGGCUGCACUGGGAACCCAAUGAAGCCCCGAGGUUUUGUCACCUCGCUGCGCAUUCAGGGAUCUCUCUCCUCCCGGCAGCCACCCAGCUCAGUACUCUUGGGCAGUAACUGGAUACCUUUUAUUUCAACAAACAAAAAAAUCGCUUCCUUAAGUGCUGACAGCCUUUUUAACCAAUACAUUUAAAAAUGUACAGAACUAAAAACUAAAAAAAAUCAAAGACUGAUCUUGUACAGAUAUUAGUGUUACCAGCAUUCAUGUGGAAAUUAAAUGAGCAGAGAAAUAAAACUAAUGUUAAACAACUCUGUACCAUAACAUUUUCUGUAAUGAUAUUGAAACUUAAAUGAAUAAAAAAAAUCCUCAAUCAUUAUUUAAAA